AUGUGAUGGAGCUGCUUGAAGAAGAUCUCACGUGCCCAAUUUGUUGCAGUCUAUUUGAUGAUCCUCGAGUUUUGCCCUGCUCGCACAACUUCUGCAAAAAAUGUUUAGAGGGGCUCUUAGAAGGGAAUGUGCGGAAUUCAUUGUGGAGACCAUCUCCGUUCAAGUGUCCUACUUGCCGAAAAGAAACUUCAGCUACUGGAGUCAAUAGCCUACAGGUCAACUACUCCCUGAAGGGUAUUGUAGAAAAGUAUAACAAAAUCAGAAUCUCUCCCAAAAUGCCAGUGUGCAAAGGCCACUUGGGGCAGCCUCUUAACAUUUUCUGUCUGACUGAUAUGCAGCUGAUCUGUGGGAUUUGUGCUACUCGUGGAGACCAUACUAAGCAUAUUUUCUGUUCUAUUGAAGAUGCCUAUGCUCAGGAAAGAAAUGCCUUUGAGUCUCUCUUCCAGAGUUUUGAGACCUGGCGGCGGGGAGAUGCUCUUUCUCGCUUGGAUACCUUGGAAACUAGCAAAAGGAAAUCCCUACAGCUACUGACUAAAGAUUCAGAUAAAGUGAAGGAGUUUUUUGAGAAAUUACAACACACAUUGGAUCAAAAGAAGAAUGAAAUCUUAUCUGACUUUGAGACCAUGAAACUUGCAGUUAUGCAAGCCUAUGACCCAGAGAUCAACAAACUCAACACUAUCUUGCAGGAGCAACGAAUGGCCUUUAAUAUUGCUGAGGCUUUCAAAGAUGUGUCAGAACCCAUUAUAUUUUUACAACAGAUGCAAGAGUUCAGGGAGAAAAUCAAAGUAAUUAAGGAAACUCCUUUACCUCCCUCUAACUUGCCAACAAACCCCUUAAUGAAGAACUUUGAUACCAGUCAGUGGGAAGAUAUAAAAUUAGUAGAUGUGGAUAAACUUUCUUUGCCUCAAGACACUGGCAUAUUCGUUAGCAAGAUUCCCUGGAGCUUUUAUCAGAUAUUUGUAGUACUACUUCUGAUUGUCCUUCUUAUUUCUUUUGGCCCUGCUAUAUCCCUGGAAUGCUUUUUAUUUGAUGAAUUUGUAGCUUGGAAAGAACAUCUUUCAAACUUCAGUUCCCGCUAUCUGAUUAAGUCUGCUGAUGUUUUAGAACAAUCAGUUUUUUACUGGGAACAGGUGGUAGAUGGGAUUUACAUUUUCAGUGAACGAUUCAAGAAUUAUACUUUGAUGUUGCUGAAUAAUGUGGCAGAAUUUGUAUGCAAAUAUAAACUCUUAUAAAAUCUAAAAAAAAGGCAUUC